AUGCUGGCAAGUACAACGACUGAAGCACCUGCUGACGAUCAAGAAGAAGCUUAUUUGACUCAACGUCAAUCUACAAUGGACUCGGCAACACUUGAUAAACUACUGAAAGCGGAGAAAAACCUGACACAAGCUGGUCAAGCGACAUCGAAUGUAUGGAAACUCAUUGGCAAGCUCCCGAGCGACGAGAGCGAGUCACCACCUGCUCCUGCUCAAGCUGCACAUCUUACAACAAAUGGAUCAAUUUCACGUCAGAAUUCGAGGUCGACUGUAAAUUUCUCGACCUCACAGAACGUUGGAAAUAGUCCACGAACUCAAACAUGUCGGACAUCCACACGUCGGAAAAUCUCGACGCAGGUUUCCGAUGAACUUUCCAGCGGCAAUUAUCUCUCUACAGGUUCACACAGUCCUAUAAAUGGAGGCAAUAAAUGGUCGGCAACAGCUCCAUCAGGUUCGAGAGACCUUAUGGUUGACACAACGGAUGGUAUGAGUAAGGAAUCGAGAACAAGUCCUCGGUAUAAUAUGGAAAUUCCACGCCCCGAGGUGGCUGUGGGAAGAAGCUCGUUGGGGAAUUAUGCCGGUACGACACAGAGUAGUAGCUUUUAUGAGCGACCGGCCAACUUUGGAACGUCUACUAGCUCCCGAGGCGCUGAAACAGUGAGCGAUUCGUCAAACUACUUGGUGGAGAAUGGACGCAGUCGAUCGUCACAUAGUAGCAAUGUAUUUGGCUUUAACCGCAACGCCGCACCGUCCUCAGAAGUGACAUUGUUUACGUUCACUGUCAAAAAGAGUGACAGUGUGUUGGAAAAACUUGGCAGCAAGCGGGCAAGUAUUCAAUUACAGGUAGAUGUGGAAGAGCGCAUGCUGUACUUUUUAUCGGCGCAUGAUCAAAGAGAGGAGUAUAGCUGUGCUGCAGUGACGGCCAAGCCACAGUCAAGACUUGGGAUGCAGCUGAAAAUCCAGACGGGCAAUGCCAGUGUGAAUAAGAAGAUUACAUUCUACAGCACGGAAGACCGCGCAAACUUUGUCCAGGCGUUAGAACAGGGAAAGGUCAUGUACAAUAAGAAGACUGCAACAGCAGCGGUGCCGUCUCGCGUACCUACGGAAGUGAUUGACGAGACAGCAUCUACGGUUUCUAGCACUUUUGAGCGUUCGAAGCUCCGAGACUCGAUCGUGAGUGAUCAUUUCCAGCUGAUGCCGGGUGAAUCGGUGCUGGAGCACGUGCAGCGUGUGACCAAUUUAGUAGUCAUGUCGCAGAGCGACCGAGCAGUGCAAGGUGUGCUAAAAAUUACAUCCUACCGCAUCACCUUCGUGCCAUACGAUGCAUCGUGGAAGUUUGGCUCUUUUGAGCUGCCUCUUGCAGCAAUUGACCUGAUCACACGUGAUGGUCUCAUGCUGCUUAUCACAUGCAAAGAUUUGCGCACGUUGCGGCUUGCCAUGCAUGAUGCGUAUUCGCGGAAGAAAGGAUACGAUCAGUUGCCAUCAACACCAGACUUUCGGUGGCUUAACUUGCUAACACUGCGCAUGAAACCGCCCAACAUGAUUGGUGCACUUUUUGCAUUUGACUACCACACGGAAAAGGCAAAGCAACGAGGGGCCCCUCUUUCUGAGAAGCAGAAUGGUUGGUUCGUGUAUUCUCCAUUUGCUGAGUACCAGCGCCUGGGUUUUCUUUCUGCGAAGAAGCAUCUUGAAGAGGAGGGUGUGAUCACGUGGCGUCUUCUAAAAAACUCCAAGUUCCGUUUCAGCCCUACAUACCCACAACUUAUGGUGGUGCCAUCGCUCAUGUCGGAAGAGCAGCUAGUGCAGUCAGCACGCUUCCGGUCACGCGCACGUUUGCCUGUUGUCGUAUGGCGCCACCCUGUGAAUAAAAGCGUGCUGUCUCGCUCCAGCCAGCCUAAUUACGGCAUGGCAGGCAAUCGAUCCGAGCCUGACCGGAUACUUCUGCGCGCGUACCGGGAUUCAGCCAACAAGAAUAGUUCCAACAUGUCGCCCCCGCUUCACAUUAUUGAUGCGCGAAAGCCGAUCGCCACGAAGGGUAACCGAUUGAAGGGCAAAGGCGUUGAGAACUCACAGCAUUACGAUAACGCGACCAUUGAGUUCAUGGGCAUUGCCAACAUUCACAAGAUGCGCGAGUCGUUAGAUGCGCUGAAAGCCUUGGUCAGUCCUAGCAGCGUUGAAGACGGUGACAAGCACUACCACAACCGCCUUGAGAAUACUCGGUGGCUAAAGCACGUGAUGCGGGUUUUGUCUGGUGCCCGAAGGGUGGCAGAAGUGCUCCACGAAGACGGCGCCUCCGUGCUGGUGCAUUGUAGUGAUGGCUGGGAUCGAACUCCGCAGCUUGUGGCCUUGGCCCAACUAAUACUAGACCCCUUCUAUCGAUCCCUCCGCGGAUUUGCCAGUCUUGUCGAAAAGGAGUGGUGUUCGUUUGGACACAAGUUUGCGGACCGAAUUGGUGUGGGUAAGGACAUUACCGACCAGCCAAACGAGCGGUCGCCGGUCAUGUUGCAGUUUCUGGAUUGCGUGUGGCAGAUGACGCGGCAGUUUCCGACGUGCUUUGAGUUCAACGAGAAAUUUUUGCUGCAUAUUUCAGAUUCGUUGAUCUCUGGCCUGUAUGGCACGUUCUUGUACAACUCGGAGCGCGAACGUGUGCUGGACAAAGUGUGGGAGCGCACGGAGUCCGUGUGGACACCCGUGCUGGAAAAUCCGGAACCUUACAAGAACCCGUUGUACCGACCAACGAACCGUGUGUUGUACCCUCGUGCAAACCUAAAGCGUGUCGUGCUAUGGGAUGGUAUGUUCUUCCGGUGGGACCCAGAAAGCCAUCCUGACUACAUGGAGUACAUGGAUCCUGCGGAGAAGCCCGAUGACAAUGCUUCAACACAUGAUUUGGAAAACGGUAGUCCACGAGGUGCAAGUGAACUUGGGUCUCCAUCGGUCUUGCCUAUUGGUGGCGAUCUUGAAGACAAGGCGGAAUUGGAUAUUGACGUUAUUCACGACUUUGAUGAGUUUCGGGCGAAAUCGCUAUCAGACUGCUCAGAAAUGAGUGAUGAUGACGACUUUGAGAUCUCGCCGAGUGUGAAGGCGCGAUAUGACGGCUCAUCGACGCUGACACCGGACGAGCUGAACAUGACGACGCCAGCGACCAGCGAAGCCGGCUCGGAUGGUUCUGCGUCCGUCGAAAAUCGUUCCCCAGUGGUGGACGAGGGUGUUCUGAAUCGGUAUCAUUGUGGAGUCGAGGAACGCACUCGCCAGCGCGCACAGGGACGAAAUAUACGUGAGGCGUUGCUGUUGGCACCUGAUCAGAGUCGUAUCAAGUAUUUGGAGCAGCUGCUCAGCGAGAGUGUUGCGCGUGAACUGCAGCUCGAGGCAGAACUGGAUUCGGUUCUUCACUGUAGCGCGCGGGGCUCAUCUAUCGCCUCGAAUGGUGUUGUCAGUUGCACCGCCCCCAAUUGCAGUAGUGAUAAUGGUUUUGCCCGUUUCUCGGGAAGUGGUCAUAAGGAGUAG